AUGGUUCCGCUGGGCUCUCUCAGCCUGCUCCCUCUGCUGUCGCUGUGUGUGGGAGCACUGCUGUCCUCGGAUGCGUCUCCGGACUGCACGCAGCCUCCCUGCAGAGACAUGCUGGUGGCAGCCCCCAUCCAGGCCAGGACCGGAGCAGGAGUCGGUACCGUGGCCUGUGAGGGUCAACCUGGCACAACAGCCUGCAGGAUGGGGGUUUCACUGCCAGCCGUCUCAGAAGUUCCUCGGACGGUGGAGCACAGGCAAGAGUUGCCUCAAGUCAAGGCUAAGAGCGGAGGCGUCAAAGAGCGCCUCGUUCAGCUGCAGCGCUGCAUGGGCUCUCUCCAGGACCCCGGCGGCCCCUGGAGUCACGGGGGCCAGGAGAACAACUCCCUAGGAGCCAUCCUGGCACUGAUGGCAGCUGUGCUGACAGAGUGUGACCUCCACUGUCACAGCCAGGCCCUCGGUGCGAUGGCCAAACGACUCGAAACUGCAGCCGUAGGCAGAGAGGGGGAGAGGGACCUGCUGCUUUUCCUGAAGAGUAUCACACAAUAUCCUCCCACAAUUGCCCCCUUGGAGAGGUUACAUCCUCAGGACUGUGCUGAGAUUUACAGACUCGGGAUCAAAGAGAAUGGGAUCUACACCAUCCAGCCUGACCUGAACAGGCCGGCAUUGGAGGCUAAAUGUGACAUGGAGACGGCAGGGGGCGGGUGGACGGUGAUCCAGAAUCGGUGGGACGGCUCAGUGGACUUCAACAGGACAUGGCAGGAAUACCGUGAGGGCUUUGGAAGUCCACUGGGAGAGCACUGGCUGGGCAACACAGCGCUGCACGCCCUCACCUCCGGCGGCCAACACCAACUCCGCAUCGAGCUGGAGGACUGGCACCAGCAGAAACGUCACGCUACCUACAACAACUUCAGAGUGGCCUCAGAGGCUCAGAGGUACCGUCUAACUGCCCGGGAGUACUCCGGGGAUGCGGGCAAUGCGCUGAGCUACAGCAAACGCUACAACCACGACGGCAGAUCCUUCAGCACGGCCGACCGAGACCACGACCGGUAUGCAGCUGGGAACUGCGGUCAGUACUACGGCGCGGGUUGGUGGUUCGACGCCUGCCUGGCAGACAACCUGAAUGGACGGUAUUACCGCGGGCGCUACAGCGGGGUGACCAACGGGAUCUAUUGGGGGACAUGGUACAUCCUGACAGAUGGACGAACUGGAGAACGCUACUCCUUCAAGAGGGUGGAGAUGAAGACGAGACCCAAAAACAUUGCGGGAACCUCCUGAGUAAUGGCAACGGUUCUCAUCGAUAAUCAUGUCACUGUGUUCACAGAGCAGCUUUCAUGUCCCUUAACGGUGACAUGCGGGGGCAAAUAAUAGAUACAAGAAAAUACACAAAAGAUAUCGUCACUCACUGGCAAAAUGUUUGAAGAUACACAAUAUUCUUUUGUUUAUUAAGGGGAUUCUCUUUUGCGAAACCGCAUUCAUUGUGUCUCCAUAGCAUUAAGAAGAAGAAAGAAAAUAUUGCAUGUAAAAGUGUUAUUGUAAUAAAU